AUGAGCUCACUCAAGAGAAAGGAUGCCCCCGGGGGUACUCCUCCGUCGAAGUCCGCCAAGUCCACAAAGGCGUCACGCCCCUCGAAGCGCGACACUCCCACCAAGGACCGCAAGCAGGACGGCGGUAAGGACAAGAAGCCGAGGGAAGAGGCACCCGCACCCAGGGCCCCGACCGUCUCGAGACUCCUGAAGGAUGAAGAGCCUCUGUUCCCUCGUGGUGGCGGCAGCGUCCUGACGCCCCUCGAGCAGAAGCAGAUCACAAUGGAGGCGAAGGCAGACGCUGCCAAGGAAGACGCCGAGUUCGACGUCAACGAGAAGAGCAAGGCAAAGAAGGAGAAGAGGAGGAAGGCCAAGGAGGCCAAGGAUACGGACGCGAAGCCUGCUCGCGACGAGGAUGCCGUCAAGAUUGAGGGUCUGAACUUCAAGCGUCUGGUCAAGGGCUCCCUCGUCCUUGGUCAGAUCAGCCACAUCGACCCCGUCCAGCUCACGAUCGCCCUGCCGAACAACCUGACAGGUCACGUCUCGAUCGCCUCAAUCUCAGAUACCAUUAAUGCGAAACUGGAGGGCGCCAUGGAGACCUCCGACAACGAGAGCGAAGACGAAGACGAAGAGAACGACGUCGACCUGAAGUCCAUGUUCAGGAUCGGCCAAUACGUCCGCGCAUACGUUCUUUCGACCUCCGACGACACAGCCGGCGGAAAGGCCAAGAGACGCAUCGAGCUUUCUUUAAGACCUGUCGACACCAACACCGGCCUUUCGAGCGAUGAUGUUGUGGCCAAUGUUACCCUCAUGGCCUCUAUCGCGAGCGUGCAGGAUCACGGUUACGAGAUGAACUUGGGAAUUGAGGGAGACCUCAAGGGCUUCCUGUCCAAGAAAGAGGUCGGACCCGGCAUGGAUGAGGCCAGCCUUCGCCCCGGCGCUGUAUGCCUCUGCGUUGUCAAGGGCGUCACCGGAAUCGUUGUCCAGCUCUCCGCCGACCCCCAGAAGCUCGGCAGCACCUCCAACGUCGCGUCGAAUGCCCCCACGAUCAACUCGUUCCUCCCCGGAACCCUGGCCGAUGUCCUCCUUACGGAAGUCACCUCGAGAGGUCUCCAGGGUAAGCUUUUGGGUCACUUGCCCGUCACCGCCGACCUGAUCCAUUCCGGCGUUGGCCCGGAUGGUGUCGAUCUGGAUGCCAAGUACAAGGUCGGUGGUCGCGUCAAGGCGCGCAUCAUCUGCAACUUCCCGGCCGCCAAGGAGCCCAAGCUCGGCAUCUCGCUUCUGCCUCAUAUCAACAGCCUGCAGUCGAAAUCUUCCGGCAAGGGCAGCAGAGCGAAGUCCCCUCUCGACUUGCUUCCCAUCGCAGCCUUCGCCGAGACUUGCACUGUGCGCCAGGUCGAGCCCGACAUUGGUCUGUAUGUCGACACUGGCGUGCCCGGUAUUUCUGGUUUUGUGCAUAUUUCUCGCGUCAAGGAUGGUAAGGUCGAUGCUCUCUACGAGAGCAGUGGGCCUUUCAAGGUCGGCACAACCCACCGCGGCAGAGUCGUUGGCUACAGUCCCCUCGAUGGAAUGUUCCUCCUGUCGUUUGAAAAGUCGGUCCUUGACCAGGCUUUCAUUCGUCUCGAGGACGUUCCUAUUGGUCAGAUUGUAUCCGGCAAGAUCGAGAAGAUGAUUAUUGGCGAGAACGGUAUUCGCGGUCUGAUUGUCAAGCUUGCGGAGAACAUUGCCGGUUACGUUCACGAGUCUCACUUUGCCGAUGUCAAGCUCCAGCAUCCUGAGAAGAAGUUCAGAGAGGGGAUGGAGGUCAAGGCCCGUGUUCUCUCUGUGAGGUUGCGCAAGCGCCAGCUCCGUCUCACCCUCAAGAAAUCGCUUGUCAGCUCCGACUCUACCAUCAUCAAGAACUACGAUGACGUCGAGGUUGACAUGCAGACACCUGGUACUAUUACCUCCGUCAGCGCAGAUGGUGCUCGCCUCGAGUUCUUUGGCGACGUCAGGGGUUUCCUUCCCGUAUCACAGAUGAGUGAGGCUUACAUCAAGGACCCAAGGGAACACUUCCGCGCUGGUCAGGUUGUUAGCGUUCACGUCUUGAGCGUUGUACCUGAGGAGCGUAGGCUGGUUGUGUCUUGCAAGGAUCCCUCAGCCUUCGGCCUCGACAAGCAGGCCGCGCUGAAGGCCCUCAAGAUUGGCGACCUCGUCUCUGCCAAGGUCUCCCAAAAGACUGAGGAUGAGGUCUUUGUUGACCUCGAGGAGAGCGGACUCAAGGCCAUUAUUCGCGUUGGUCACCUGACGGACAAGUCUGCCAGCAAGACCGAGGCGGCCCUGAAGCGCAUUCGCGUUGGCCAGACACUGACGGAUCUCAUGGUCCUGGACAAGAACGAGCGACGCCGUGCCGUCAUUCUGACACAGAAGCCCAGCUUUAUUGAGGCCAGCAAGAACGGAAAGCUUCUGUCUAGCUACGAUGAUGUCACUGUCGGUGCAGUUGCGCCUGCCUACGUGAGGGAGAUUGGUCCCUAUGCCGUUUACGUUCAGUUUGGCGGCAACCUGACCGCUAUUCUCCCCAAGUCUAAGCUCGACAAGGAGGUGCAGGAGAAGGCUUCUUUUGGCAUGCGCAAGCACCAGUCUGUUGAGGUCAAGAUCGUGUCGUCCAACCCCGAGCAGAAGCGCAUCAUCGUCACGCCUUCAUCUGCGGUGGAACCUGAGAAGGUCCCGGCCGCUGCAGCCCUGAACUCCGUCGAUGAGAAGAUUCGUAACGUCAACGACGUUGCCCUGGGAACCACUAUGGACGCGAAGGUUGCCUCCGUCAAGGCUACCCAGAUCAACGUCAAGGUCGCCGACAACAUCCAAGGCCGUAUUGAUGUUUCCCAAUUUUUCGACAACUGGGAAGACAUCGUUGACAAGAAGAUUCCUUUGAAGAAGAUCAAGGUUGACGAAAUCAUCCGCGUCCGCGCCAUUGGAAUCCACGACUCCAAGAACUACCGUUUCCUGCCUUUCUCUCACCGUUCGACACAUUCCAUCAUCGAGCUCACCGCCAAGAAGAGCGACGUCGAGGCCAAGGAGGUCGACCUUCUUUCUUACGACAAGUUGAAGGUUGGCGAUUCCCACAUUGCUUUCGUCAACAACCACGGCAAGAACUGUCUCUGGGUCAACCUGUCACCUACUGUUCGCGGAAGAAUCAGCAUUAUGGAGGUUUCUGAUGAUCUGUCUCACGCCGGCAACCUGGAAAAGUACUUCCCGGUGGGAUCUGCCUUGAAGGUUAAGGUUGUGUCUGUCGAUGCUGAGAAGGGCCAUCUGGACUUGUCUUCUCGUUCAUCCUCUGGUACCAGCGAGAUCAAGUGGGACUCCCUCAAGAAGAACCAGAUCCUUCCUGGAAGAGUCACCAAGGUCAACGACCGUCAGCUCAUGAUCAAGCUUAGCGACGCUGUUUCCGGUCCUGUCCACCUGGUUGAUCUCUGUGACGAUUACGACGAGGCCAACACCCUCAAGUUCAACAAGGGUGAGAUCAUCAGAGUGUCCGUUGUUGAGGUUGACAAGAGCAACAAGAGGCUCAGGCUGUCUACCCGCCCUUCCCGUAUUUUGAGUUCUACAUCACCUGUUGCCGACCGCGAAAUCACCUCUCUGGCGCAGCUUACCUCUGGAGACAUCGUCCGCGGCUUUGUCAAGAACGUCGCAGACAACGGCGUCUUUGUCCAGCUUGGAGGCAGCAUCUCUGCUCUGGUGAAGAUUGCCAACCUGUCUGAUCGUUAUAUCAAGGACUGGAAGGGCAGCUUUCAGGUCGAUCAGCUGGUCAAGGGUCGUGUCAUCAGCAUCGACACCGCUAUCAACAAGAUCGAGUUGAGUCUCAAGGCCUCUGUCGUCGAGAACGACUACACCCCUCCCAUCACAUGGAAGGAUAUCAAGGAGAGCCAGAUCGUCACCGGCAAGGUUCGCAAGGUGGAGGAGUUUGGUGCUUUCAUUGUCGUUGACAACUCAACAAACGUCAGUGGUCUGUGCCACCGCAGCGAGAUGGCUGAGAAGCCUGUGGAAGACGCCCGCAAGCUCUAUAGCGAGGGCGAUGUCGUCAAGGCCAAGGUCAUCUCCAUCGACGACGAGAAGCGACGCAUUACUUUCAGCCUGAAGCCGAGCCACUUCGACGAGGAUAGCGACAUGGAUGAUGUUGACGGAGGUGCCGAGCUCGACAGCGACGAUGACUCGGAUGUUGAUAUGGGCGAGGGCGUUCAGUUCACGAUUACCGGGACGGACAACGUGGAGGAUUCUGAUGAGGAGGAGGCCUCUGAUGCCGAGGAAAGCGAUGUCGAGAUGGAAGAGGCACCAGCAAAGGGCAAGGGUCUCAGCGCCGGCAAGUACGACUGGACAGGCGACGCUUUCGACGAUGAGGAGGAACCAGCCGAGGGCAAGAAGUCCAAGGCAUCAGAGAAGAAGGAGAAGAAGAAGGGAGGCGAGAUCCAGGUCGACCGCACUGGCGACCUCGACGCACACGGCCCCCAGACCGCGACCGACUACGAGCGUCUCCUGCUGGGUCAGCCUGACUCGUCACAGCUGUGGAUCGAGUACAUGGCGCUGCAGAUGAAGGUCAGCGAGCUCUCCAAGGCUCGCGAGACCGCCGAGCGUGCCAUCAAGACCAUCAACAUCCGCGAGCAGACCGAGAAGCUGAACGUAUGGAUCGCCUACCUCAACUUGGAAGUCGCCUACGGCACCAAGGCUUCCACCGACGAGGUCUUCAAGCGCGCAUGCCAGUACAACGAUGAGCAGGAGGUCCACGAGCGCCUGGCCAGCAUCUACAUCCAGUCCGGAAAGCUCAAGCAAGCGGAUGAUGUCUUCCAAUCGCUCGUCAACAAGUUCAAGUCCAAGUCUCCCGACGUGUGGGUGAACUACGCCCACUUCCUGCACGUGACGAUGAACGAGCCCGACAGGGCGCGCGCGCUCCUCCCCCGUGCGACGCAGGCCCUCGAGCAGCGCCACACCGCGCAGCUGAUGGCCCGGUUCGCCGCCCUCGAGUUCAAGUCGCCCAACGGCGACGCGGAGCGUGGCCGCACGACGUUCGAGACGAUCUUGGCGACGUGGCCGAAGCGGUUCGACUUCUGGGGCCAGCUCAUCGACCUCGAGCUCUCAGCCUCGGAGCCGGACGCCACGGCCAUCAGGGAUGUCUUCGAGAGGGGCACCAAGGCGAAGGGCCUCAAGGCCAAGAAGGCCGAGAAGUGGUUCAAGCGGUGGGCCGACUGGGAGGAGAAGCUCGACCCGAAGGGCCGGGAGAAGGUGAUGGCCAAGGCGAAGGAGUGGGUCGCGGCCAAGAAGGCGGCGGCUGCGGUGGCGGCUGCGGAGGAGGAAGAGGACGACGAGUAA